GCCACGGUAUGAGAUACAUUACAAACCGAGGACCUAUACGCUUGUCAUUUUAACGUGAUCGCUCGUACGCGAUGAGAGAUUUCUACAAAYAUUUCAUCGAAAAGUGACCUUGAAUCGCUCGAGGCUUCAAUCGGUAUCACAUUUGAACAUCGCGGACACAUCUUGCGAACAGCCUGAAAUAUUUUUCUUAGUUUUCGUAAGAAGUCAGUUCCAGACUUUCGUAGAGGCUGACAGAUCGAAGAGGGAGCGCCAUUCAGCAACGCGUAUCUUUUACAGAGAUAUAUUCUAACACGCUAGCAGAAUGCGACUGUUGUACGGAACUGUGAUGUUAUUGUUCCUUGUCGUCUUCACAGAAUCACGACGAGAAUAUCGCGAUGGUCCCAUUGUAGCAGMAGAAGAAAUGACAGAGGAAGAGAUCGAAAGAUUUUGCACCGCGACUUUAAGGUGGUUAAAACCGCAUCAAAAGAAGAAGUGUAGAGAGGACUAUUCGCACAGCACAGUAAAACCCAUCUUGAACAGCAUACACCGAGGCGUUACGAUGGCGUUAACUGAGUGUGAAAAUCAUUUUAAUGAUCAUCGCUGGAAUUGUUCUGGACUUAACACUGCACAAGUGUUUCAAGAUCAGGGAAUAUUGAAAACAGAUACACGCGAAAGUGCCUACGUGUAUGCCAUCACUUCAGCCGGCGUGUCGUACGAGAUAACCAAACAAUGUACACUAGGGAAGUGGGAAAACUGUGGUUGUGACACACGUGUUCGUGGCCGUGUUUACGCAAAAGGCGAGAAGUCCUGGGAAUGGGGAGGAUGCAGCGAGAAUGUCAAGUAUGGAGUAGAACAGUCCAAAAGAUUUAUGGAUCCUCCAAGACCAGCUAAGAAAGACGUCCAAUACUUGUUGAUAACGCAUAAUAAUGAAGCUGGACGAAAGGCUCUGAGGGAUAACAUGGGCAAAAGUUGCAAAUGCCAUGGAGUAUCUGGAUCUUGCUCUGUGAAGAUUUGCUGGCGGACAAUGCCAAGCUUYAACGCGGUCGGYGAAUURCUUCGUAAGAAAUUUGAUCGAUCUUCUCGUGUCAGACCAAACUCCAGCGUUACAAAAUUAAUAAAAGUGAAUAGAGAUAAACGUGGAAAAAGACGAAAAAGRAAAAGAAACAAGCCUUCAGGAUCAGACCUCGUUUACGCCAAAGAUUCACCCAACUUUUGCCAAGCAGAUCCCAGUCUUGGCAUACUGGGCACUCGAGGAAGAUUGUGUAAGAAAUCAUCUCCAGACAACGACAGUUGCAGAAACAUGUGCUGCGGGAAUGGAUAUAACACAUUGGAGAGAUCCAUGAAGAUCAAAUGUAAUUGUGAAUUUAUAUGGUGCUGCAAGGUGCAGUGCGAACUUUGUGAGAAAGACUGGUUUGAGCAUCGUUGUAAAUAAUUCUUCCGCGGCUAAGAAGACAUUGUCGUUGGUAAAACUGCAAUAACAAUUCCCGUGGAAAAUCAAUUGGAACCAUGCACAUUGUUCACCCAUUGUGCACACUAAUAGYUCUACACAUGCAUCUUUACAUAUCUAUGGAUAUAGAGGUUUUAGAGAAAACGGGUUUAGAGCCUACCACGAAAAAACAACUCCAUAUGUGAGCAAUAGCCAAACAUAGGAUACCAUGAGUUGSUGUUACAUUAAACUACAUGACGGGGGCAAAACUAUGUAAAAAUCAGGUUAAUUUUAUGCACUCGCUUUGMAGUAUCAAGAUGAACUUAGUCACGUGAGUAACGGAAGAGAAACGCAUCAUGCGCCUUAACAACAAACACAAGAAAUGAACGUUCUGUUUCUUUCGUUUUCUUGCACAAGAAACACAUAAGGGAUCAUGUCUCUGCCGUACAGAAUAUUCGAUAUGUCCAUUCCUUCAUAAAACGAGAUUGAAAUUCUCUAAAAUACAAUUACACUUAUACAUUUACAAGAUACACAUUACGCAUCGCAAUAAAAAAAUCAAAAUACCGAGAUAAUUAUCAAUAGUUUUGAUUUGCUGAUUUUUUGAAUCAAGCUGUUUACACGUUAUCAAAAAUAUCAUUUCUAGUGAAAGUUUGUUCCCUUACGAGUUUCUGAUCUAGCUUGAGCUAGUUGCUUUUGAAAACCGGAGAAACGAACAAGCARUCUAGUACGAAAUGGAGGUUUUUGAACCACUUCCGCUCAGUCUCAUUAAUUAUUCAGGGAGAAUCAUGGACAUAUGACAUAUAUAUACCUAUGUCAUGCACGAACGACCUGGAAAACCAUCUACUUCAUCCCACAUGCAACAGCCAGGAAUUCUUAUAGAGUUCAAGAAGUUAGUUAUUGAUCGAAGUACCUCCUAAUGUUAGCAUGAAUUGAGGGACUGCGGGGUACUGCUUCGAGUACUUUAAAGUUUUUCUGUAUGUCAAAGACUUGACUAAUAUUUCAGAGUCCUUGUUACCUGUAAAAGCUUAUUUCCUUGGAAUUUAAAGGUACCGAACGUGGUUCAAAAGUCAAUGUGUAGCGACGCUAUUUUGUACAACAAAAAGAAUGAUGGUUGUUGUACUUUUGGGAAUUCUUCUUAUAAUUCUUAAGAAUCUCCCAAGAAAACGUUUUUAAGUUUUCCUGGAAUCUAGAAAUGGAGCAACUACUUAUAUUUUUUACAAGAAAAAGCAAAACAGGCUGAGGGGAUCUGUUUUAGUGGAGAUGAAAAAGUGCCAGAACUACAUUAACUCCUCGUCUCACGCUUCGUUGUAUAAAAUGGCGUCGCUGCAUACUGACUAAUAUAUCCCGGUCAAUUUCUCAACUCGUGAAUAAUUAAUGCUUUAAAACAACAAUUGAUACAAACAAUUACCAUUGCGCAUGCGUAUCUUGCUUGAAUGUAUUAGCGAUGACCUUGGUCACUUGGACAAAGCCUUUUCUYCAUGUAAAAUACCGGCACGGAUGUUUGUUCGUUAUUUAUGUCGUGCAGUCGGCUGGAGUUUCUAAGGCAACGCCCCGACUCUGUUGGUGCUUAGUCAGAUUACRCCUGAUUUUAAGUUUCGUGUUUAAUUAAGCAGACUAGUUUGUAGAUUAAAAUUAUACACCACACACAAUUUUGGAUGAUGACAUCAAAAGCAUACUGAUUUAUAUAUUGAGUAAUUUAUUGUUUCUAUAGUUCAGCUUAAUUCUACCUUAACAAUGUAUAUUUACACAAUAAAACAAUUCACCAACAAUGGCACUCAAA